AUGGAAAGCAUUAUCUUCUUGAUUUAUGUGAUUAUAAAUCUGUAUUUUUGCAAAAGUCAAUUGGUAUUUAGUGGAACAUCGGGUGGAAGUGUAUCACCGACUAUAAUGAACAAUCCGUGCAUUUGUGUUGUCGCUGGAUAUUGCAGCCGAGUUAAUGGAUCUACUAGCUCAUUGCCUACUGAUGGAUCUGGCUUGAUUGAUGUUCGAAUUAUUAAUAGUGGAUUUGGUGGAUCGACAAAUACUGGAUCAUCAACAUCUCCAGCUUCGACUGGAAUUUCAACAAUGGUUGUAUCACAAAGUUCAUGUCAAGCUGGAUUAGAAGUGUGCUGUCUAUCUUCAGGAUAUAGAUGUGGAUUGAGAUUUCCACCCAUCCAAGGUGCGCCAUCGGUAACGUUUGGUCAAGCUCCAUAUGGAAGUUAUCCUUGGUUUGCUCUAAUUUUCCAACAAUACACAAAUAUAUAUGUCGGAUCAGGAGUUCUGAUUGAUCACAUGCACAUCCUAACAGUUGCUCAUAAAAUUUCUAAUUAUACCUUAACACCAACAAGUCUAAAAGUAAGACUAGGAGAAUGGAAUCUAGCACCAGCAACUGAGCCAAUUACUCCGAUUGAAUUUAAUGUUGUGAGAAUAUUCAUCCAUCCACAGUUUAAUUCACAAUCUAUUGCGAAUAGCAUUGCAAUUUUGAGGGUAAGUCCAGAUGUGCCUUUAGGACAAACACCAACAAUUACUACAGGAUGCUUAUCAACAAAUUACAUAACUGGUGGUAGGUGCUGGGUUGCUGGAUACGGCGAGAAAGCCUUUACAUCAGGUUCAACACCAACAAUUAUGCAGCAUGUAGAAUUACCAAUUGUUAAUCAAGUAACAUGUCAAAAUUUACUUAGAUCUACUAGACUUGGUUCUGGAUUUAUUUUGGAUCCAAUUAGCUUCUUAUGUGCUGGUGGAAUACCUGGACGCGAUGCAUGCACUGGUGACGGAGGUUCAGCUCUGAUGUGUUUUGCCAAUUCCCAAUGGUACAUCGCUGGUCUUGUUGCUUGGGGAAUCGGAUGUGGCAGCUCUAAUGUUCCUGGAGUUUAUAUGAACGUCACCAACUACAUCAAUUGGAUACAGACAACUACAAUUCAGCCAUAA